AUGUGUAUUGUUGAUUUACAAUCCGUGAUAAAGCAUCUCUCAUCCUGUGCGGCCUCGUACGAAUACGGAAAAACUAUGUCAUACAAUUCUUCAUCAUCACCAUCUCGAUCAACACCACCACAAAUACCUUCAUCUCUUCCUAUUCCAACAGAAAAUUCUUCAGCAAAUUAUGAUCCAUUUUUUUCAACAUUCGAUCAAAAUUCAUUUGCAAGUCAUUUUUCAUCAACUGGUGUACCAUAUCCAUUCUAUUCUGCUGAUGCUGCAACAUCCUAUUUUUCAAGUCAAGCAAGAACAUAUUCAGAUUAUCUUUGUCAACAAAAUGAACAACCAACAAAUACAAAUACAUCAUCAACAACACCUAUCACAAAUUCAUGGUAUCAACCACCACAUUGUAGUGAUCCAAGAUUUGCAAUGUCACGUUUAUUAACUGGACAAACAUCAUCACAAUAUGAUAUGUAUCAAUCUGCUGCAGCCAUGGUUGAUCCACUGAAGUCAGCAUAUCAUCCAUUUGCAUUUGUACCAAAACGUAAACGAAGAGUUUUAUUUACUCAACAACAAGUUCUGGAACUUGAAAAACGUUUUGAUAAAAGUCGUUAUUUAAAUGCACAAGAUCGUGAUCAAUUAGCACAUUCAUUAAGUUUAACAUCAACACAAGUUAAAAUCUGGUUUCAAAAUCAUCGAUAUAAAACAAAAAAAGCAUCGAAAGAAAAACCAGGAACGAAUUGUAGUGAUAGCGGUGAUGAACAACAACAACAUGAACAACAAUCAACAAGUAGUAAUAAUAAUCAUCAUCAUCAUCAAAUGCAAUCGAACAUGUUUCAUUCUCAAGUACCUCUAGCAGGACAAGCACAUCAACGACUUCAUCAUGCUCAUCAUUUACAUCAUCAUCCACCUCUUCAUUUACUUAAACAUGAACCACGAUAA